UAUGAAGAGACCAGUUACAGGAAAAGAUCUUAUGAUAGUCAAUAUGGGACCUCACCACCCAUCCAUGCACGGUGUUCUUCGCUUAAUUGUUACUCUAGACGGUGAGGAUGUUGUUGAUUGUGAACCCAUAUUGGGUUAUUUACACAGAGGAAUGGAAAAAAUUGCAGAAAACCGAGCAAUUAUACAAUAUUUACCUUAUGUAACGCGGUGGGAUUAUUUAGCUACUAUGUUUACAGAAGCAAUAACAGUAAACGGACCCGAACAAUUAGGAAAUAUUCAAGUUCCUAAAAGAGCCAGCUAUAUCAGAGUAAUUAUGCUAGAAUUGAGUCGUAUAGCUUCUCAUCUGUUAUGGCUUGGCCCUUUUAUGGCAGAUAUUGGGGCACAGACUCCCUUUUUCUAUAUUUUCAGAGAACGAGAAUUUGUAUAUGAUCUAUUCGAAGCUGCCACCGGUAUGAGAAUGAUGCAUAAUUUUUUUCGUAUUGGAGGAAUAGCGGCGGAUUUACCUUAUGGUUGGAUAGAUAAAUGCUUGGAUUUUUGUGAUUAUUUUUUAACAGAGGUUGUUGAAUAUCAAAAACUUAUUACACGAAAUCCUAUUUUUUUAGAACGAGUUGAAGGCGUUGGGAUUAUUGGUGGGGAAGAAGCAAUAAAUUGGGGUUUAUCCGGACCAAUGUUACGCGCAUCCGGAAUACCAUGGGAUCUUCGUAAAGUUGAUCGUUAUGAGUCUUACGAUGAAUUUGAAUGGGAAAUUCAGUGGCAAAAACAAGGAGAUUCAUUAGCUCGUUAUUUAGUACGACUUAGCGAAAUGACAGAAUCCAUCAAAAUUAUUCAACAGGCUCUGGAAGGACUUCCGGGGGGUCCCUAUGAAAAUUUAGAAAGCAGAGGCUUUGAUAAAAAAAGGAAUCCAGAGUGGAAUGAUUUUGAAUAUCGAUUCAUUAGUAAAAAACCUUCCCCUACUUUUGAAUUAUCGAAACAAGAACUUUACGUAAGAGUUGAAGCUCCAAAAGGGGAAUUGGGAAUUUUUCUCAUAGGAGAUCAAAGUGGUUUUCCUUGGAGAUGGAAAAUCCGACCGCCGGGUUUUAUUAAUUUGCAAAUUCUUCCUGAACUAGUUAAAAGAAUGAAAUUGGCUGAUAUUAUGACGAUACUCGGUAGCAUAGAUAUAAUUAUGGGAGAAGUUGAUCGUUAAAAUGAUAAUUUAUGCAACAGAAGUACAAACAAUAAAUUCUUUUCUUAGAUUGGAAUCUUUAAAAGAGGUCUAUGGACUCAUAUGGAUAUUUGUCCCUAUAUUUUCUCUUGUAUUGGGAAUCAUAACUGGUGUACUAGUAAUUGUGUGGUUAGAAAGAGAAAUAUCUGCAGGGAUACAACAACGUAUUGGACCUGAAUACGCCGGCCCGUUAGGAAUUCUUCAAGCUUUAGCCGACGGGACAAAACUACUUUUCAAAGAAGAUCUUCGUCCAUCUAGAGGAAAUACUCCUUUAUUUAGUAUUGGACCAUCUAUAGCAGUUAUCUCUAUUUUACUAAGUUAUUCAGUAAUUCCUUUUAGCAAUCACCUUGUUUUAGCGGAUCUCAAUAUCGGUAUUUUUUUAUGGAUUGCCAUCUCAAGUGUUGCUCCGAUCGGACUUCUUAUGUCAGGAUAUGGAUCAAAUAAUAAAUAUUCUUUUUUAGGUGGUCUGCGAGCUGCUGCUCAAGCGAUUAGUUAUGAAAUACCAUUAACUCUAUGUGUUUUAUCAAUAUCUCUACUAUCUAACAGUUUAAGUACAGUUGAUAUAGUUGAGGCACAAUCAAAAUAUGGUUUUUGGGGAUGGAAUUUGUGGCGUCAACCUAUAGGUUUUAUCAUUUUUCUAAUUUCUUCCCUAGCAGAAUGCGAGAGGUUACCUUUUGAUUUACCAGAAGCGGAAGAAGAAUUAAUAGCAGGUUAUCAAACUGAAUAUUCCGGUAUCAAAUUUGGUUUAUUUUAUGUUGCUUCUUAUCUAAAUCUAUUAAUUUCCUCAUUAUUUGUAACAGUUCUAUACUUAGGCGGUUGGAAUAUUUCUAUUCCGUAUAUAUCUAUGCUGGAGCUAUUUGAAAAGGAUCAAAUUUUUGGAACAACAAUUGGUAUCUUUAUUACAUUAGCUAAAACUUAUUUGUUCUUGUUCAUUUCUAUCGCAACCAGAUGGACUUUACCUAGGCUAAGAAUGGAUCAACUAUUAAAUCUUGGAUGGAAAUUUCUUUUACCGAUUUCCCUUGGUAAUCUAUUAUUAACAACUUCUUUCCAACUCUUUUCACUCUAAAUUGAAAAUCAAUCCAAGAUAUUCAUUACUUGUUUUAAACAAGAGAAAGAAACAAAGAUCAAAUUAUUCAUAGAUAAUUACAAUAUGCUUCCUAUGAUAACCGGGUUCAUGAAUUAUGGUCAACAAACCCUACGAGCUGCAAGGUAUAUUGGUCAGGGUUUCAUGAUUACCUUAUCCCACACAAAUCGUUUACCUGUAACUAUUCAAUAUCCCUAUGAAAAAUUAAUAACAUCAGAACGUUUCCGCGGUCGAAUCCAUUUCGAAUUUGAUAAAUGCAUUGCUUGUGAAGUAUGUGUUCGAGUAUGUCCUAUAGAUCUGCCGGUUGUUGAUUGGAAAUUGGAAACUAAUAUUCGAAAAAAACGAUUGCUUAAUUACAGUAUUGAUUUUGGAAUUUGUAUAUUUUGUGGUAAUUGUGUUGAGUAUUGUCCAACAAAUUGUUUGUCAAUGACUGAAGAAUAUGAGUUUUCAACUUAUGAUCGUCACGAGUUGAAUUAUAAUCAAAUCGCUUUGGGGCGUUUACCAAUGUCAGUAAUUGACGAUUAUACUAUUCGAACAAUUUUGAAUUCACCUCAAACAAAAAAUGGGUAAACCCAUUAAUUUUAUUAAAAAAAGAAUGCAAAACUGUUGAAUUAUAUUAUAUAAAGAAUUUAAUUAAAAACUUGUAUUUAUAGAAUAAUAUUAAGUAUUAAGGCUCAUCCUUUUAAUAUAAUAUUUUCGUAAUUAUUAUCUUGCUUGAAAUAGAUAGGUUGAAAAUAUUAGAAUAAAAAAGCGAAACUGUCUAAUAAUUGUAUCUACAUCAAUUAAUAUUCAUUAGAUUCUAAUUUCACUCUAUUAGAAACAUAUUAAAAAAAAAUUCCCCGGUUAAAUUAAUAAGGUCAUGAAAAGGAUUUCUAUUUUUUCUUUUUUUAAUAAUAUAAUGGAUUUGCCUGGAAAAAUACAUGAUUUUCUUUUAGUUUUUCUGGGAUCUGGUCUUCUAGUAGGAGGUCUGGGAGUGGUAUUACUUCCUAACCCAAUAUUUUCAGCCUUUUCCUUAGGAUUUGUUCUUGUUUGUAUAUCUUUAUUGUAUAUUCUAGCAAAUUCCCAUUUUGUAGCUGCUGCACAACUCCUUAUUUACGUGGGAGCCAUAAAUGUUUUAAUCAUAUUUGCUGUGAUGUUCAUGAAUGAUUCCGAAUAUUCCAUAGAUUUCAAUCUGUGGACUGUUGGGAAUGGGAUUACUUCAGUGGUUUGUACAACUAUUCUUUUUUCAUUAAUUUCUACUAUUCUCGAUACGUCAUGGUACGGGGUUAUUUGGACUACAAGAUUAAACCAGAUUUUAGAACAAGAUUUAAUAAGUAAUAGUCAACAAAUAGGAAUUCAUUUAUCAACAGAUUUUUUUCUUCCAUUUGAACUCAUUUCAAUAAUUCUUUUAGUUGCUUUGAUAGGUGCAAUUUCUGUGGCUCGUCAAUAAAAAAGGUUCCAAUUAGUAAAGACCAAAGAAAACUUUGUGUUUGUGUAUGUUAUGAUAUUUUUUUCCGUUCAUUCAAUUUGAUUGAAUACUAUUUCAUUUUUUAAAUAUAAAUUUUUAUAUUUUAUAUAUAUUUGAAAUUUUUUCCCUAAUAUAGUUUUUAUUCGUACUUUGUUGUUAUAUUCUAGUUGAUUGAAUCCGGUGAAUUGUUUUUAUUAUUCAUAUUGAUAAUGAAUCAAAAUUGAUAAGGAGUUGCUCAAUGAUACUCGAACAUGUACUUGUUUUGAGUGCCUAUUUAUUUUUGAUUGGUCUUUAUGGAUUGAUCACGAGUCGAAAUAUGGUUAGGGCUCUUAUGUGCCUUGAACUUAUACUCAAUGCAGUUAAUAUGAAUCUCGUAACAUUUGCUGAUUUUUUUGAUAAUUCCCAACUAAAAGGGGAUAUUUUCUGCAUUUUUGUUAUAGCAAUUGCAGCCGCUGAAGCAGCUAUUGGAUUAGCUAUAGUCUCGUCAAUUUAUCGUAACAGAAAAUCAACUCGCAUCAACCAAUCGACCUUAUUAAAUAAGUAGCAUAAAUCAAAAAAUUAUAGGUUUAAAUUUGCAUAUAUGAUAGGUUAUGACUUACUAGAUUAAAUUUGUGAAAAUUUAAGAAAUCAAAGUAUUUUAGCCCCAUUUUUUACCAAUUGAGCCAGAAUUCAUUAAAAAAUUCUAUUAAAAGAAAUCAUUGCUUCAUCUAGUAUUUUAAUUUAAUAUAUCAUUUAGUUAUAAGUUUACUAGAUUGAAAAUUUAUGACAUUAAAAAAACUAUAGAUCCUAUGUCACAUUCAGUAAAAAUUUAUGAUACCUGUAUAGGAUGUACUCAGUGUGUCCGAGCAUGUCCUACAGACGUAUUAGAAAUGAUACCUUGGGAUGGAUGUAAAGCUAAGCAAAUAGCUUCUGCCCCAAGAACCGAGGAUUGUGUUGGUUGUAAGAGAUGUGAAUCUGCCUGUCCAACGGAUUUUUUGAGCGUUCGAGUUUAUUUAUGGCAUGAAACAACUCGAAGCAUGGGUCUAGCUUAUUAAUACGUUACCGAAAACCUGAUUUGAAUAAAUUUGGAAUACAUUUUAUUUUUUUUAUUGACAAGUACUCGUACUCAAAAAAGUUCAAUUAUAUUUUUUUAUUUAUAUAUUUUUUUGAGUACGCGUUCUUUGGACCUGGUGUAUCUUGUCUUUACCACGAAUGAUUUUCCUUGGUUAACAAUAAUUGUUGUUUUUCCAAUAUCUGCCGGUUCAUUAAUGUUAUUUCUCCCGCAUAGGGGAAAUAAAGUUAAUAAGUGGUAUACUAUAUGCAUUUGUAUCUUAGAACUUCUUCUAACGACUUACGCUUUUUGUUAUAAUUUUAAACUGGACGAUCCAUUAAUUCAACUGUCCGAAGAUUAUAAAUGGAUCAAUCUUUUUGAUUUUUAUUGGAGACUGGGAAUAGAUGGACUUUCUAUAGGAACGAUUUUACUGACCGGAUUUAUUACUACUUUAGCUACUUUAGCGGCUUUUCCAGUUACUCGGGAUUCCCGAUUAUUCUAUUUCCUGAUGUUAGCAAUGUACAGCGGCCAAAUAGGAUCGUUUUCUUCUCGGGAUAUUUUACUUUUUUUCAUCAUGUGGGAAUUAGAAUUAAUUCCCGUUUAUCUCCUUUUAUCCAUGUGGGGUGGAAAGAAACGUUUGUAUUCAGCUACAAAAUUUAUUUUAUACACUGCAGGAAGUUCUAUUUUUUUAUUAAUAGGAGUUUUAGGUAUAAGUUUAUAUGGUUCGAACGAACCAACAUUAAAUUUAGAACUAUUAGGGAAUCAAGCCUAUCCGGUCACACUCGAAAUACUCUUUUAUAUUGGAUUUCUUAUUGCUUUUGCCGUCAAAUCACCGAUUAUACCUUUACAUACUUGGUUACCUGACACCCACGGCGAGGCACAUUACAGUACCUGUAUGCUUCUCGCUGGAAUCUUAUUAAAAAUGGGAGCAUAUGGAUUGGUUCGAAUCAAUAUGGAAUUAUUACCUCACGCUCAUUCUAUGUUUUCUCCUUGGUUGAUGGUAGUCGGUACAAUCCAAAUAAUUUAUGCAGCUUCAACAUCUCCCGGUCAACGUAAUUUAAAAAAGAGAAUAGCCUAUUCUUCUGUAUCUCAUAUGGGUUUUAUAAUUAUAGGUAUUGGUUCUAUAACGGAUCCUGGGCUUAAUGGAGCUAUUUUACAAAUAAUCUCUCAUGGAUUUAUUGGCGCUGCACUUUUUUUCUUGGCAGGAACUAGUUAUGAUAGAAUCCGGCUUGUUUAUCUUGAUGAAAUGGGUGGAAUGGCUAUCUCCAUUCCAAAGAUAUUUACAAUGUUCACUAUCUUAUCGAUGGCUUCCCUUGCAUUACCGGGCAUGAGUGGUUUUGUUGCCGAAUUAAUCGUUUUUUUUGGAAUAAUUACCAGCCAAAAAUAUUUCUUAAUUUCAAAAAUUUUAAUUAUUUUUGUAAUGGCAAUUGGAAUGAUAUUAACUCCUAUAUAUUUAUUAUCUAUGUCACGUCAAAUGUUCUAUGGAUACAAGUUAAUUAAUGCCAAAAACUUUUCUUUUUUUGAUUCUGGACCCCGAGAGUUAUUUCUUUCAAUCUCUAUUCUUCUACCCAUAAUUGGUAUUGGGAUUUAUCCUGAUUUUGUGCUCUCAUUAGCAAGUGACAAGGUCGAAUCCAUUUUAUCUAAUUAUUUUUAUGGAUAGUUUUCA